GAUAAUCGAUCACGCCAUCCGGAAUGUGACAAUCGAUCUGCUGUGGAAGCACAAACGAAAUCUAGGAGUAAAAGUGUGGGCUCAAAGGAGGUGUAUGAGGUGUUUGAUGAAGAACGAGGCGAAACUUGCGCAUUGAAAGUGGUGGAUCUGGGUGAGCUGCGCUUCGUUUCUGUAUUCUUUCUUCAAAUAUGUCUUUUCUUGAAGUAUAAUAUUGUGAUGAAUUCAAGGAAUGAAGAUCUGGGAUGCAUCGAAUUGCGUGAAGAAGAAAACACCUUAUAUGUUGUCAUGGAGAAAGGUGAUGUUGACCUGGCUACAUUUUUGAAAACGCGUCGCACAGAGAUCGACUCGUCCUUCAUUAAAUAUCACUGGAAAGAAAUGCUUCGCUGUGUCAAAGUGAUACACGACAGAAACUUAAUACCGCCUGCAAAUUUCUUCCUGUCGAAGGGCACUGCGAAGUUAAUUGAUUUUGGAAUUGCUACAGGAAUUCCAAAUGACAUGACAGCUGCUAUAAAAGAGAGCCAAAUGGGCACAUUGAGUUACAUGGCGCCUGAAGUUUUGCAAGGAGGAAAUGGAGACGGGAUGUUCAAGAUUCCGCUGAAGGCAGACGUCUGGUCGUUGGGAUGUAUACUCUACAAUUUAGUCUACGGUCGUCUCCCUUUUACAAUGAAAAGUCAAGGGGCU